CCUGUUGUCAUUUUUCAGUCCAGACAGGUUCAGCUACGUCCUCUUCAUUUUGAGAUCACCUCUAUCCAGUUGUCAAAAUGAUGGAAGAAGUGUCUAUUGCGGUCGCUUACGAUGCUUAUAUUAUCGAUCAAAUGUCAGAGGAGGAAAUCUUGGCUAGUCUGGUGGCGGAGUCCCUACCAAAACAAGUGGUGUCAUCUAUAAAGCCAAAAAUAAGAGAUAACCAAGAUCAGCCAGACGAUCCACUUGACAGAUUUCUGAGAGAAAACCGUAAGCUUCAUGAAGCCAGUUUGCGCCUGGAGCAGGAGAAUGAUGACCUUGCACAAAAACUCGUCUCCAGCAAGAUUGCCCUGAGGGCUGCGCUAGACCAGACGGAGGAUCAAGUGGAGGAGUUAAGAAACGAGCUUUUAAAAACCAAACAAGUGCUGAAGAUGACAGAGGAACAGAAGAGGGGGAAAGAGGAGGAAGCUUCACAGCUGAAGGAAAUGUUUAGGAAAGAGUUGGAAAAAGCUGAAUCGGAUAUAAAGAGAUCAAAUAACAUCAUUGCUGAAUACAAGCAGAUUUGCUCUCAAUUGAACGCUAAACUUGAAAAGCAAAAAAGUCAAACAGAUGAGGAGCUGGCUGUUAUUAAGAGUAAGAUGCAGGAGUGUCGGCAGUGCAGUCGGAUCUUUAGCAGUGAUGGAUCCGUUCAGUUGUUUGUGAAGUGUGAUGAGAGCUCCGCUCAGAAUGAAGUCCAGGCUUCUCACAGACAACAAGUUCAGGAGUUAGAGAGAGAGUUGGCACAGACCAAACUACAGAUGGUGGAGUCUGAAUGCAAGAUCCAGGAGUUGGAGCACCAGAAUGCGGUUCUGCUGAAUGAACUUCAAGCUGCUAAAAACACCUGGCUCAGCAAAACUCUGGGCUCCAUCAGGACGGCUACCAGCAACCAUCAGAGCUCCUCUCAAACAGACCCUGUGUGGAGCUACACACAUAAUCCUCAGUCCAACUGGGUCACUAGAAGACUCUCCUGGGCACAUCGAGAAGAACGAGCCGCCAAAGUAUGACAAAUGCAUGCAUGCUAAUGGAGAUCCUCACGAACAAUGAAAAGGCUAUUGUCUCAAUGAGAGACAAAUCCAUGCAGAUUUAAUACUGGGGAAUGAAGUUUUCUCAGAGGAUGCAGUGAGGAAUAUCUGCCCCUAUAAGGAUACUUUGGCAGAUAUACUGCAUUCAAAGUCGACGAGGUUCAAGGUUUUGCCAGGUGUUGAACCCAUGACCUUGGUGUUGCUACGAGCACUAGCAGAAGAGCUACAGAAAGCUCCUGUUAGAUUAAGAGGGUGACAGAUGAGUUAAGGUACUCUGACAUGAAUACUAUACAGUAUGAAGGGUUUUUCUAUUUAAAUAUAAAUUAAGCAUAAAUAACUUAAAUACAGUGAUGUCACUGUUAGUCAGUUGUAAAUGUAUUUAUUUAAUUUUACUCAAAAAAACUUUAUA